CCCAUUUUCAUCACAACAAAGCGAGGAGUGCGAGGACAGCGACAGCAUUCAUAUUUUCUUCAUUGGGGUGAAAAUUUAGGACCCUUUAAAAAGUAUCCAAUUUUGAGCUUUCCCAGCCAGAGUUUUUGAUGCAAUUGUAGAGAUUUCUGGACAGAACUAAAGCAUUAACUGGAUUAACAAAUGGCACACUUCGCUUUGUCAAGGUUAGGCGUUCUUGGAGCGAGACACUCUGCAGCCCUCCCAAUCUCAAGAGUGAAUUUGCCAAAGCAAAACUUAAAAUCCUCUCUGGUCUUCAAUGGAAUGCAAGUCAGGUGCAAAGGCUACGCACCGAUCAACCUUGGUGUCUUGUUCGUACCUCAGCAGGAGGCGUGGAUAGUUGAAAGAUUUGGAAAGUUUCACAGAAUACUUGAGCCAGGUCUCAACUUCCUGAUUCCUGUCGUGGACAGAAUCAAAUAUGUCCAGUCACUCAAAGAAAUUGCCAUCGACAUUCCCUCUCAGAGUGCAAUCACUUCAGACAACGUCACCCUCAGUCUGGACGGUGUGCUUUUUCUGCGGAUAUUGGAUGCUUUCAAAGCUAGCUACGGCGUCGAAGACCCUGAAUUUGCUAUCUCACAACUUGCACAAACUACUAUGAGAUCUGAGCUGGGAAAACUGUCUUUGGACAAAAUCUUCCAUGAAAGAGAGUCGCUAAACGUGUCAAUCGUUGAAUCUAUCAACAAAGCUGCUCUUUCCUGGGGAAUCACAUGUCUGAGAUAUGAAAUCCGUGACAUCAUUCUCCCUGCCAGAGUUAAAGAGGCAAUGCAAAUGCAGGUUGAGGCUGAGCGUAAGAAGCGAGCUGCCAUUCUUGAGUCCGAAGGUGUGCGAACAGCAGACAUCAACGUGGCCGAGGGCAAGCGCCAGGCUCGCAUUUUGGCCUCUGAGGCUCAUAAGCAGGAACAGAUCAACAAGGCUGCUGGUGAGGCGACCGCCAUCAUGGCCGUGGCAGAGGCCAAAGCUAAGGGAAUCAAAGUUGUUGCUGAGUCUCUUCGUUCAGAGCAAGGAAACAAGGCUGCUAGUCUGACUGUGGCGAGUGACUAUGUUGAUGCGUUUAGACACCUGGCCAAAACCAACAACACCAUUAUUCUUCCAAACAACGUUGGGGACGUCAGCAAUGCAGUAGUUCAGGCUAUGACCAUCUACAAGCAGCUGAACUCAAAUUCAGAAAAAAGCUACUCGAGCGCUUUACCCUCAAAUAUUCCUGACUUGUCUGAAUACUACAGUGAUGAUGAAGAGAGAGCGCAGGCUCAGCUAAAAGUUGCUGAAAAAACCUCGAAAAACAAAACAGACUAUUAGAUUAUGCUUCUCAAGGAAUGGACUGUUUUUAUUUAAUUAAAAAGAUUCAUAAGCAAUGAAAAAUA